AUGCCUGUAGAUGUUCCCUCAAGCAACGACUGCCAGUGGUUACGAGACACGUUCAAUCCACCCAGCCGCUCUGAUCCCCUCGGAAGCGUGUGCUCCUUUCCACCGGACGAUGUAAAUGGCAUGGGCCGUGCCUCGAAUCUCAUCGAACACACAAAACUCUGGCUUGGGCUGGGAGUCGAAGGGGGGCAGAUUGGAAUCGUCCAGCGUCUCAUCACCGCCGCAGAGCGACAACCUUCUCCAACGACAGCUGAGACAGGACCCCGAUCCAGCGCCAGAUAUCCAGACAAACGCGACACAUUUCUAACAAGAACCAUUCCGAUCCGUCGCCUGGAACAUCCUGGGUCGAUCGGACUAUUCCUCUUCGGAAAUAUACCUGGUUCUCGCUCGAUCCCAGGGUCAAACAGCACCGGUUACAAACCGGCGUCGUGA